AUGAACAGGAAACCGCGCGUUGCCAUUCGUGUCAACAUGGAUACCGGCAUCUAUCCGCUGUGGGACCGGUUCGGAUUCAACUACGAAAGUGGCCAGGCCUGGGAUGCCAUCAAUAAGAUCAUCGCAUCCGGCAAGCUGGAGCUGGUGGGGCUGCAUACUCAUAUCGGCACCUAUAUGGUUUCCACCAAUGCCUAUUAUAUAGCGGCCUCUAAAAUGGCGGACCUUGCCAUUAAUAUCCGGCAGAAGCAUGAUACCACCAUUCAAUACAUCGACAUGGGCGGGGGCUUCGCUUCGCAAAACACACUGAAGGGUAGUUUCUUAAAAGGAUCUGAUAUGGUGCCCGGCAUCAGUGAAUAUGCCGAAGCCAUUUGUUCCGGGCUGCUGAAUGCCGGCUUUAAAAACAACGAGCUACCGGCCCUCUACCUCGAGCCUGGCCGCCUGCUGAUUGACGACGCGGGUUACCUGGCCGGCAGCGUUAUAGCCAACAAAAGACUGAGCGACGGACGCAAGGCCACCAUCAUGGAUUUUGGUACUAACAUCCUCUUUACAUCGUUCUGGUACGAUCAUAAAAUUUCACCCGCCCAGGAGUUUGGCAUGCAUACGGAAGACACCGUUUUAUACGGCCCUUUAUGUAUGAAUAUUGAUGUGGUUCGCGAAAGCAUUUCGCUGCCGCCGCUCAAUGCCGGCGACCAGAAAACUAAAACGGCCCCGGCUAUAGGAAGCCAGGGCCGUUUCCGUGGCCCGGAAGAUGCCGCCAUGGCCGAUGAGAUCAUGAAAGAAUGUCCCGGAAGGAUGAUGGAAAACCUGGGCGGCAAGCUAUCCCUGAUGCAGUCGGCAGCGCUGAUGAGGGAUGCAGUGAUGAAUUAUACCAAUGACUCCGGCCCUUUACAUUUCGCAUCUUCGGUCAAUGCGCCUGCUACUGCGGUGUUCUGUUCUACCCAUGAAUGUUUUGGCUUUGGCCCGCUUAGCGAGCUGAGCAGGCUGGUAGAGGUACAACAGCUUCCCUGCAAGCCCUGUGGCAUUCAUGGAUAUGAUGAGUGCCCGCAAGGCCAUUUUCGUUGCGCAAAGGAUAUUGAUACAAACAAACUUUUAUGGUGGCAGGAUUCAGCAGGGAUAUAA